UGAAUAAUGUUAAAAGUGUUGGUACUGUAAGAAAAUGGCUUAAUUUCCCAGUAAAUCAUUUAUGUAGUUUAAAUAUUUGGGACAACUUGAAUGACUUCUUUGCCAAUGUACAUCCGGGUCCUGUGCGCUUUUCCCGUCAUGCCGCGCGGUAAUUCUAGCGGAGAGAAUGGACAAACGGGUGUGGUGAUAUCGUGAUUAUCAACGAUUUUAUCACCUAAAAUCGCCUAAAAACUGUAACAGACACGCCAGGGUUCAGCCUGGGAUUCCAUUCCAUAUUUCCGUCGUGAGCCGUGUUGUCUAGGGGACUCGGGAAGGGCCUAGUGCCGUGUAAAACGCUUGGUGAGGCCGUUGGUUGUCGACUGUCGGGAUGGGUUGUGCCAUCAGUGCCGAGGACAAGGCUGCGGCCGAACGGUCCAAAAUGAUCGACAAAAAUCUCCGAGCAGACGGGGAAAAGGCCGCCAGAGAGGUCAAACUGCUCCUGCUGGGUGCUGGUGAAUCUGGGAAGAGUACAAUUGUAAAACAAAUGAAAAUUAUCCAUGAAGACGGGUACUCAGAAGAGGAGUGUAUGCAGUACAAGGCUGUGGUGUACAGUAACACAAUCCAGUCACUCAUUGCCAUCAUCCGCGCCAUGGGAACCCUGAAGAUCGACUUCGGUCAUACUGACAGAGCCGACGAUGCCCGGCAGCUGUUUGCGUUGGCGAGUACGGCGGAGGAAGGUGAGAUGACGCCGGAGCUGGCGGGGAUCAUGAAGAGGCUAUGGGCUGACGGAGGCGUGCAGGCCUGCUUCGGCCGCUCCAGAGAAUAUCAGCUCAACGACUCAGCUUCAUAUUACUUGAACAGUUUGGACCGACUGGCGGCGGGCGGGUACGUUCCCACACAGCAAGACGUGCUCAGAACCCGUGUCAAGACAACUGGCAUCGUGGAGACGCACUUCACCUUCAAGGACCUGCACUUCAAAAUGGUGGAUGUCGGGGGUCAGAGGUCAGAGCGAAAGAAAUGGAUCCACUGUUUUGAGGGUGUGACGGCCAUAAUAUAUUGUGUUGCCCUGAGUGCGUAUGACCUUGUCCUGCAAGAAGACGAGGAAGUGAACCGGAUGCAUGAGAGCAUGAAGCUGUUCGACUCCAUCUGUAACAACAAGUGGUUCACGGAGACGUCCAUCAUCCUCUUCCUCAACAAGAAGGACCUGUUCGAGGAGAAGAUCACCAAGUCUCCACUCACCAUCUGCUAUCCCGAGUACACAGGCUCUAACACGUAUGAGGAGGCAGCUGCCUACAUCCAGAUGCAGUUUGAGGAUCUGAACAAGAGGAAAGAGACAAAGGAGAUCUACACUCACUUCACCUGUGCUACCGACACCAAUAACAUCCAGUUUGUGUUCGACGCCGUCACAGACGUCAUCAUCAAGAACAACCUGAAGGACUGUGGCCUGUUCUAGACUCUACCUGCUCCUGAGUCCCUUCUCCUGUAUUACUUCUCCUGUACUUUCACUUUCCAUCCCAGGGGCGGCAAUUUGUAACUGGCUUGUUGGGUCCCAACCAUCCACCGCAAUCAUAUUAACUUAUGUUCUCUUAUAGAGACAAUAUUACAUAUUAUUAUCAUCCUUGUUUUCCAAGCCCAAAAUAGAAUUAAUUUUCUGUUAUUCUAAUUUUCCGCUUUAAUUUAAAGACGAUUGUCCAUAUUUUUCACUUUUUCAGAACCUAAAUGGAAUCAAUGUUCCAAUCCAAACAAUCAAAUAUCAAUGUUGUAUAGAUAAUUGAUGUUUGGCUUACUUGAGUUCUAUAAUUCUUAUGUUGUCUGAAUUGAUGCCAAAACGUUAUGCAUUUUGUAGUCUUCCUGUAAAUAAGCCCAUCCGGUACUUAACUCUUGUAGGUACCUCAUCAGUGAAAAAUAUGUAAGCAUAUUGUCUUCUGAGACCUCCCAACAAACAAGUUAUGAAGUUGAUCCAACCUGGACCUGUGUUUGUAGAACUAGCAGCACCAAACCCGCGUUGUCUCUAAUGUACAGUGGCGUCCAGGUGCCUCAUUGUAAGCAUCUGUCCUGAAAAUUGCGGUCAUAUUUUUCUGAUGUUGUUAUGUUGAUUCUCAUUGACGUAAGCGUGACCAGCAAAUACUGUUCCAAGGUCAGAUGGAAACUGUCCAAGGUACCAAUAGUAGAGCCUGCUCGGUGUGGUUCCUUGGGAAAAGCGUACUUACUUGUGUCAAUGUCAAUGUUGCCUUAGAGGUCAGCGGCAAAGAUGGGAUGAUCGGGCCUGAAGUCAGUCCUGUUAACAAUGAUGUGCCACAGCAGGGCUCAUAUUACACUCCUGUAACUUGCAGAAAAGUUUGCUUGGUUGCAUUCCAAGAAUCACCAACUUGUAAUUUGUGGAGUAAUAAGAAUUCACACUUAUGAGACAUAAUUAAGUUAAAUAACAGUCUACUUGUCUUGUUGUUAGGCAAAAAUAAUGUCUUUCAUGGUUGCAGAAGGUGUUUCAAAAUUGCAAUGUGCCAGAUAACUAAUAAAAUUAAGGUAGAGCGAAUGUAUUUCAAACCCUGCAUUGACCAACUACUUCACAGCAUUUCCGGUUCUCACAACAAUUAGGUGGGAAAAAUCCUCUACUGAUUCCAGUUUAGCACCUACUUUAAAACAUUCCAGGUGAAGUCUUCAUCAGAUGUACUUUCUGUUUUUACCCUGCCUGGGAACAGCCUUCUUGUCUUUACCAUGGAAACAACAGUUUGGAAACCUUGCAGAAGUCUUAACUUACAAAACAAGGUUAUUUAUACAUACCGGUAUGGAAGAGUUUUGUUGUAGUCGACAUGUAGAACCUCCAAAUGGGGUUCCCAUGCAGUUUGGGUGGCACUUCACGAUUUGGGUGACCAGUUUUUCUCUGGAACUUACUGACAUAAUCCAUUCCUGACCUUCCUCUACUCCUGUUUGUGGACCAAAUGUUACUGUAGCACAUCAUUCUUAACACCUGAUAUGGCUCAGACUAAACCUUGAAGAAGAAAAAUGUGAAAGUCUUAGAAAUGUGAAGAGUGACUGUGUAACUAUGUGAGGAGCUGUUUAAUGGUUACUCGGAAUGAAAUUUGACAGCGAAGAAAAUUUCUGAAAAAACACUGUACAAUAUAUGUGGAUUACUUUGUUGGUCCUGUAUUGAUAUGUUGUAGUGUUGUCAUAUUUUUGAUAAUAUAUUUUGAAAACAAUUGAUUAUGUAUGUUGUGGUAGGCAAGUGUAGUUAAAACUGAAGACUAUAUUUUGAUUGACUCGUAUCAAUUACUUAACAUGAAAAUAUCGUUUAUUUGGAAACUUUAGCUGCAUUCGAGUGGGGAGGUUUUCUUUUAUUUGGAACUGCUCGAAUAUAGUUUUAGAUGUAUGAUAUUAUUCCAAAUAACAACCCCAGUAUCAUAUUCUAUUCCAGCAAGUUUGAUGUUGGGAACUCAGUGAGAAGAAUGUCAUCAUUUUCCAUAUUUUACUUGUGGUUAUAUAGUUGUAUUUUCCAAUAGUUGAGAUGAAUGGAUGUUCCAAUGGUGUUGUCUGUUUGCCCAAACCACCAACAAAACUGUAUACCUUCUAUUUACUCUGGUCACUUCUGGUUUGGAAAUGCUCUAAAAAAUUUAGAAAUAAAGUGACGUUUGUAACUCUGAAUGUUACACCAGAAAUGAACAAUGUCAUCUAUGGUAUGACAUAGUAGAAAACCAGCUCCUUAAAAUGACAUUUUGAAACUUAACUUCAUGUAACAAGUGAAAAUGUAACAAGGUAGAUUUAAAAUGUAGAGUUUCCAACCAAAGUGACUAGUGGCAAUCAGUAGAAACAGUUGUAUGAUGGAACAUUUGUCGUAGUUUACGCUUGUAAUUUAGACUGAUUUGUGCUGAAGACUCUCACAUGCUGGCAAACGUUGACUGAACUUUAGGCACUGCUUGUAAGAAAUGCGAUGCUCAAGGACCACUUGUUUCUACCCGUCCCUGUGAGACAUUAUUGCUGUAUUAAAGCUGGUGUAAUUUGUACAACAGUUUGGUGGAGAGCUGGUUUGCUCCAAGUAAGAAAAAUAUAAGACGUCGACAAUAUUCAUGUAUAAGACUUCUUGGCCAACAUUUUCCCAGGGCCGUUGAGUUUGUUGCAAAGUAAAGAAACUUCUCUGGCCCUUGGCAUCAUCUGAAGUCAUGUCCAAGAAUGAUGCGGCAAAAGUCUGUCAAGGAGUUCUGCCCAUCAGGAUAUUAUCCAUGUAACUUCAGAGCGCCCUUAUAAAAAAAUGAAUGAAACAUAACUACUGAAUGAUCAGCUGUACAAUUGUAACAAAUUGUGUGUAGCCAAUUCUGGUCAGAUUGUUGAUAUUAUUAGUUAGUAUUUAUUUAAAUGAACUGAACAUUCCCACUAUGAAGGGACCUGAUAGGCUGUACAACACUGUGACCCUGUAUGAACUUUUGUGUUGUCCAGCAGCAGAACUGUGCAGAUUUGUUUGGAGUAAACCUGUGUCUUCCCCUGUCUGUUGAGGCGAGAUGUUGUAUGAAGUGUAAAAUGACUCCUUUGUAAGGUAAUUUGUAAGAUAUUAGUGGAAGAUAUCCGUGAAAUUCUGGUAGUUGUCAUUUUACAAUCAGUGUUAAUUCAUGGUGGCCCGAGGCCUCAACAAUUUUUUUGAGUUAGAAGAGAAAAUAAAAAUCAUUGCACUGGUGUUGACUGUAAUUAGAGCAGCUCUUAUAGCAAUGACUGGAACGGUUCUGGCAAAGUUGGAUGUUUUCCUCACUUAUUGUAAUAAAAGACUGUAAAACCACCA